ACCGCCAUAUUUGGAAAAACGAGAGAACUUGCGGCGCAUUAAGCCGGUUAUGUUUAGAAGAUUUACCGCUAGCUGGGUUUUUGUCGCUUGCUUUUAGAACGACAUCAAAUCCCGUUAUACUACAUUUUGAGUCAAAUCAAAGCUGAAGAAUUUAACAAUAUGGAUGACCCAGAUAGUAUUCCGUCUUCAUUUAACAGCACCGAUACAAGUCGGCUCUUGAAAGAAUUGAAAGCCUUGAAAAGUCAGAAUGAACUCGACAGGUCGUCGGGUUCAGGUUCAAUGUCUUUUGGAGUUGACAUCUCAGGAGGAGGUGAUGGACAGGUUUCCGGGGAAGGAUCUCAUGGACAAACAAUGACUCAGCUCAUGAGAACAAUGUACAGUUCAGCUCCUCUGCAGAAAAUUCUACUUCAAGGCAAUGACGAUCAGAACAGUUUCAGCGUGUAUGGACGAGAUGUCGAAGUCAUUCUGGGCGGCUCACCGGGUGGGGAUGCUGGAAGUAACAAGGUGAAGAUAACUCCUGUGGUGAAUUAUGACUGGGAGUCGAAGUAUUAUUUUGGAAACCUCAUAGCUGUACACAGGGACAACCAGUAUGUUGCUUACGUUUUGAAGGGAAAGGUAAAUGGAGUGGUGCGAGUGUUACACCGAAAAAACGCUGACCGAAUUCUUUUAAAGUAUUUUGACGGUGUCGUCGUUGACGUGGCGUUUGCACACACUGAUGAGAUUUUGUUGGCUGCUGUCGAUGAAAUGGGAAACGUUUUUGUUUAUGACCUGGCGGAGAAAAACAGUAAGAUCAUAAGCUCUGUGGUGCUGCACGUGAAGCGGCCAAGCAACAGUCUGCCAUCGGAGUACCAUCGCAUCAUCUGGUGUCCGUACAUCCCGGAGGACUGCGACGAGUCCAUGACCGACGUCUCCACACAAGAUGCCUCGCGGGUUUUCGUUGUCACGCACAAUGAACAGGCCGAGAUCUGGAGUGUUGACAUGGUAACGAAGGAAUACGGCAGUGGGCCUCUUCUUUUGGAGAAUGUUGACAAUGGCGUCAUCUGUAUUUCCAGCCACACUAAGGCAAUUGUCGAUGCAGCAUUCUCCCCUGAUGGGACUGCGCUAGCGACCGCUAGUCUGGAUGGAGAAGUCAAGUUCUUCCAGGUCUACAUGCAGGAGACCAGAUCUCCGAGAUGUCUGCAUCAGUGGAAACCUCAUGACGGAAAACCCAUGUCAUGUUUAUUCUUCCUAGAUGACCACAAGAAUCUGAGUGGAGAUGCCCAGUUCUGGAAGUACGCUGUGACAGGAGCGUGUAACAACCAGGAACUCAAGGUGUGGAGCUGUGAGUCGUGGAACUGUCUACAGACAUUAAGGUUUGAUACGACACCGGACGUUCAGUUCGAUCUCACUCUGAAGGCUGGCUUGGAUCUCAGUGCUAAAUACCUGGUGCUGGCAGACAAGAACAGAAUGGUGUUAUAUAUUUUACAAAUUCACCAGGAUGAUUCGGGCACAGCCGCUCACAUCAGCUCAAUAUCGGAAUUUCUGCUUGCUCAGCCAUGUCUGUGUUUUGCAAUACUGAGUGCCAAAUCACAGAGACUUAAAAAAUCACUCAACGAUUCUCACUUGGACCUCAUUACUACAGGAGAUCUUGAUGGGAGAGACGAGGAGGACGAUGGGCGAGGUCCGCGGUUGGACGAGACCACGACAGGUGUCCAGAUGAAGAUCUACUCCAUCCACCCGAAAGCUCUUCAGGAGUUGUUGAUCCGAUACAAACCUGAAUCUUCUGUCGCUCCAUCUACACCUUCUGUGGGAUCAGUGUCGCAAGAUGAUAUAGGUCUUCGUGACACACUGUCCGACAUCAGUAUUAGUAUAGAUGGCCACACGCAGGACGGCGACGCUGGAAACGUUUCCUCCAUCCCAAAUGACAUCACCAACACCAUCUUGCUCACGCCUGACGCCUUCACCACGCCCAGUCCAAGUAAAGCGUCUGCGCAGAACUCUCUGAUGGACAUGCGUACGAGCGGGUCCAGCACAAGCAGCUUCACACACGUGACCGCGAUGAACGACGAUCUGUACACCCCGCGCAGCUCGUUUGUGGGUGAUCACUCAAUCCUGUCCCCCAAGGAUCACUCCAUCUUGUCGCCGUCCAGCUCCGUGACACAGACCCCGUCGUCGGCCAAAGUCCUCGAUACAAGUCGCAGUCAGGAGCUGACGCCCAGCAACAUUCCCUUGCCGCCCAUAGACUCGGUGGAGGAGGAGGAGCUGACCACACCCAAGUCGACACCGAAGGACUUCGACGAUAGCACAACGCCGAACAGAUUGAUCACAGAAACCGUCAAUGAUAUUUUUGCAAAUAAGCCGAAUCUGCCCAACGUGUCUCUCGACAGUACGUCAAGUACGGGUGGUUUCGAGGUCAGCGACAUGCUCAUACCACAGAAAGUGCCGCGGAAGGUCAGCGAGGGGGGUGAAUACGAUGAGAACGAUCAGGAGGUGGCCGAGGUUUUGGGUGAAAGACUGCCCCCUGGCGAGGAGAAUGAAGUACUGGAGAGUUUCCAGGAGGAGGUCACUGACGACAGUGCUCCCCUGCAGCGUAGCUGGCCGGCCCCACCCGACGUCUCUGCUGACCCGCCCAUUGUCGAGAGUAACGGGGAUAGUUGUACUGAUGACGUGAAUAAAGCCGAUGAUGGGGAACAGGACGAGGAAGAUGAUGAGCCACAGAUUGAGGAGGAAAUCGAGGCUGUUGAUGAUGAGGAAGAAAACGGAUACUCGUCACCAUCGGUUCAGCUUACCAAAGAGUCCAUGGACAGGGAGACGGUGGUUAAGCUGCUGACUCAGAUGGAGGUGAUGACAUCGACGCUGCAGGCCCAGCAGUCUCAGCUGUGUGUGUUGCAGCAGCAGAUCGCCCAGCACCAGGAGGAGAGUGGACACCACCACCAGCAUAUGAUCGAGCACUGGCGGCUACACCAGCUCGCGGUCCACUCGCAGCCGCUAGGCCUUGCAGAACACUUCCAGAACACGGAGGAGGCGAUCGGGUCACGCAUUGACAGAGUGCUACAAGAAACUAAAACAUUGCAAGAAGGUUUGUCCCACAUGGAACAGAAACAGCGAGUUGAUGAGGAGCGUCUACACACCAGCAUUGCCCAGUCUAUACAACUUUCAGUGUCCCAGAAUCUGGAACGCACCGUUCAGGAGGAAAUCAAACGGACAGUCGGUCCAUGUAUUACGAAGACGAUGGAACCGCUGAGAGAACAACUUCAUCAGGAUCUGGCCCAGAAACUUACAGCCACCGAUUCCUUGCUCAAAGACAAUAUUGGAAAGAUGGUGCGAUCUCGACAAACCGUAGAAGCAAUCGCGAAUGCGGCCGGUAACAUGAUCCAGGCGCCAAUCCAAGCAGCGUAUCGGGAGAGUUUCCAGAACCUGGUGGUGCCGUCGUUUGAACGAGCCACACAGACCAUGUUCCAACAAGUGAACGAAGCUUUCCAGCGUGGAACUGCUGAAUAUACCACUCAACUUGAAGCCCAUUUAGAGCACACCCGUCAGCGGCAGCAAGAGGCCCGGGACCCGGUCAUUAAAGAGCUGCAGUCAUUGGUCGAGAGCUUUAGGUCGUCGUCGGAACAGAUCAAACACGAUGUCAUAACCACCAUUCAGAAUGACUUGGCUUCCAUGCUGCAGCACACACUGGCUAAUCUGCAAGAGAAGACGUUGAGCCACGUGCGUGCCGUGGUGAAGGAGGAGGUGGGCGUGGCAGUGAGGGAGCAUAGCGUCAACAUCAGUGACCAGUUCAUGAACUAUGUCCGGUCCGGCGCGGCCACGCCCGUCCACAUCGCCACAGAGAUCAACCCUGUCCAGUCGAUCAAGACAUCCAUCCUUAGUCUUGUACGCAUGGGCAGUAUCAAUGAAGCAUUCCAGCAGGCCCUGUCCGCAUCGAAUCUCGACGUGGUUAUGUUUGUGUGUGAGACGGUAAACCCUAGCGAUGUGUUCGGGACGUCUCCGUGUCCACUCGCCCAGCCCGUUCUCCUCUCACUCAUCAGUCAGCUGUCAGCAGACUUCUCAUCACACAUCGAACUCAAAGUCAAAUACCUCGAGGAAGCCAUUUUAAAUCUGGACACGUUGAACCCAGUCACGCUGGAACAUAUGACCGUCGUUCUGUCGAAUAUGUGCCAAAAACUGAAGCUGUUUGUUUCUCAGCACCCCAACGACAAGAUGACGCGCAAUGUUAAAAUGUUGAUCAUGGCUACCCAGUCUCUGCUCACCUGAGUGAGACGGAAGUAUCCCGUGAACAAUCCUGUCUGUGAUAUUUCUGACAAUGUCUCCAACAUGGCUUCACCCGAUGCCAGCACCUUGAGCAGACGGUUAACAGUAUCUAGCUUGUGAAUGAAUGAAUUAAUAGAUAAAAAAUCUCCAGAUCCGAGUUACGGAUUAACGGGACGUGCUGGUGAGCACCGAACUGCAAGAUUAGCAGAGUUUCUAGUGACGAUUCAGUAAAGAAUUACCUAACCAACCUAAUUUCCACAAAUUUCUGUAAGAGAAAGACAAUAGAUUUCACUGUUAUAGCAGUGAAAAUGUUACACAGUACUUGGUGUGAUUUGUUUUUUUUAAAAGCUGGGAUUGAAAACAAUAAAACCCAGGUGAUGAUGACUUUUAAACAAAGGAAAGCACAGAUCUUUGUAGGAGAUGAUGAAAAAAACAACAUGCAACAAUUGUUUGCUUGAUUGGAUUUUGAGAUAUAUUUUUUAAUUGCUGUUUAUUGCCAGGAACUAAUAUUUGAAGUAAUAGAUAUUUGAAUUGUGGCAAUUUUAAUACAUACAUGAUCAAAAUGAAA